AUGCCGUUCAUGUGGAGACAGCGGGCGUAUUGCGCCCCAGUUCCCUCUGCCUUUGCUUCUCAGCAGCCGAACGGUUUGGGAGGCGAAGCGGGGGUCCGAAAGCCUCUGCUGCGCUCGAACAGCGAGAGUCUCUCGGUUUUUUCGCAGAUCCCCGACGGUCUUCUUGGCCAUACGACAAGUGUGACCAUGGGCAACUCGGACAUUUUCUUUCUUCCAAAGCCCUCCAAUCUCCUCAAAAUCGCUCUGCCCGCCUUCGUCUUCAUGCCCAACCUAACCAUCUUCACCAGAGCGUUCCCCUUCUACGCUCACACCAGCGCUUAA